GACGUUGAAAGUAGGAAAUUAGACGCUGUUCAUUGUUCAAGCAUUCAAUAACUAAAAAGACAAAGACAUCUCUCUCUCUCUCUCUCUCUAACUCAUUUCUGAGUUUCUUCUUCAACCCACCAACAACCAUUUUUGCUUUGCCAAUAACGUUGGAACCAAAUCAACCACGCAACGCAACUCAAGAAGAGAGCAUCUUCACAUGGGUCUCUGCUUCUCCUCUUUCUCUCGCUCUUCCCUCAACCGUCCUCACUAUUCAGGUUCAGCAAGCACAGACAGCAAGACCGUGGGAUUCUCCGCAACCACGAGCAGUGCCGGAAAGAGCCAAUUCUCGGAGAUUGCGAGUGGAAGCAUCGACGGCGAAGGUUCCUUUCCCCUUCCUAUUGCUUCCUCUCAUGGCCAGAUUCUGGAACGCCCGAACCUGAAGGUUUUCAGCUUCGGGGACUUGAAAUCUGCGACGAAGAGUUUCAAGUCUGACACAUUGCUGGGUGAAGGUGGCUUUGGAAGAGUUUACAAAGGUUGGUUGGAUGAGAAGACCCUCACACCUGCUAGAGCUGGUUCUGGCAUGGUCGUUGCCAUAAAAAAGUUGAACCCUGAAAGCACGCAAGGCUUUCAAGAAUGGCAGUCAGAAGUCAACUUUUUGGGAAGGCUUUCUCACCCCAACUUGGUCAAGCUAUUGGGUUACUGUUGGGACGAUGACGAGCUUCUUCUUGUGUACGAGUUCAUGCCAAAGGGAAGCUUGGAGAACCAUCUCUUCAGAAGAAAUCCUAACAUAGAACCACUUUCUUGGAACACCCGACUUAAAAUAGCCAUCGAUGCAGCUAGAGGAUUGGCUUUCUUGCACUCUUCGGAAAAGCAAGUCAUAUAUAGAGAUUUCAAGGCCUCUAAUAUACUUCUUGAUGGGAAUUACAAAGCAAAGAUCUCAGAUUUUGGCUUGGCUAAAUUUGGGCCAUCUGGGGGAGAAUCACAUGUAACUACCAGGAUCAUGGGCACGUAUGGUUAUGCUGCUCCGGAAUACAUCGCAACAGGCCACUUGUAUGUGAAGAGUGAUGUGUAUGGCUUUGGUGUAGUGCUGCUUGAAAUGCUUACAGGUUUGAGGGCACUUGAUACAAAACGCCCAACAGGGCAGCAUAACCUGGUUGAAUGGGUUAAGCCUUAUCUCUCCAGCAAAAAAAAGUUGAAAACCAUUAUGGAUGCUAAAAUAGAGGGCCAGUAUUCACCCAAAGCAGCAUUACAAGCGGCACAACUUACUCUAAAAUGCUUAGAACCUGACCCUAAACAGCGUCCUUCUAUGAAAGAUGUACUUGAGACAUUGGAAGCAAUUGAAACUAUCCAUGACAAAACCAAGAACCGCAAUUCUCAGCACACUUCUAAUCAACCUCCACUUCAUCCUCGGCAUAGAGUUGUAAAAGUAUAAAUUAAUUUUUAUAUAUGGAAAGAAGAAACACUAGGAACUCAGAUUGAAUAGUAAAAUAUGGUCUAAUUGAAUAUUUUCUAUUGCUGGUUUGAAGGGGAGAUUUUCACACGCCUUUGUCCAAUUCUGUAUGAUUUUUUCUGUUGAAUUGUUCACAUUUUUACAAAGUCGUAAAAUAUUUGAUACACGUGGCCUAAUAUGUCACUUUCUUUUGGGACUUCUUAUUUUUUUCCCCCUCAACGAAUGGAAAAUUGAUGCUUCAG